AUGAGUGAAGAUUGGUCAACAGAUCUUCAAAAGAAGGUAAAUAUGGUGGUUUCUGAUAUUGUCGAUGAUUUUAAAGAUGGUGUGUUAUUGAUCAACCUAAUGGAGAUUCUUACCAAUGAAAAGUUUGACAACUAUCACAUUAGCAAACCUAAAAAUAGAUUACAACAGCUAUCGAAUGUUCAAAUUGCGCUUUCAGCAGUCGAGAGAUGGGGUAUCAACCUGGUGAAUGUCAGACCCGAGAAUUUAGUGGACCGUAACAGCAAGAUGAUACUAGCACUCCUUUGGAGAAUUAUAUCCAAGUUUCAUAUUCAACAGUUUCUCAACGAAGAGGAUUUAGAUCCAGAGUACGGUGAGGAUUUGACAUCGAGCUCAAAAAACAACACCAACAACCAACUUUAUAAAACCAAUUCGCGUGGAUCUAGUAACCUUGCAAACUUUAUGAAAACACCGAGAGAGGCACUCUUGCGAUGGUGUCGUCGUGAGCUAGAGCCAUACUCUCUUAUUCAACCAGUCACCAACUUUACCAAAUCAUUCCAAAAUCCGCAGGUAUUCUAUGCUCUCGUUCACCGACAAGCACCGUCCUCGAUCGAUCUCAAUGAGAUGGAUUCGAUGGAUGACCUCGCUGGUUUGAAGCGAUGCUUUGACAUUGCAGAGAAAGCACUAAACAUUCCAUCCAUGUUGAUACCACAGUCGAUUAUCGAUGGACAAAUGGAUGAAUCUUGCACGAUGACCUAUGUAGCAUACUACUUGAACCUUCAGAGAAACGGUGGUAAUCUCACAUCGAUACCGUCCAUGCCAAACUCUGCUCGUGGACACAACAGAAGUUCCUCUACUGGAUCGAAUACUUCCAACUCCUCGGUUACCAGCGGAGGUCAAUCACUGGGAUCGAGUGACAACAAAUUAUUUUUCAAACGUCCACCACUUAAGCGCCAAGACACUCUCACCCAAACACCAGAAAAAGGAAAUCCAUUCUCGCUUGCAACCAACGGUACUGGAUCGAACGCCUCUGGAACACCGCUAGCCGACAAACUCACACAGAUUGGAUCACCAUCACAACAACAACAACAAACUCCUCGUUCACCUCGUGAAGCAUCGUCAUUUAGCACAGCUGACAGACUGUCACUCAUGGAAAUACUCAACAACUUUACUCAGGAACUUAGAAGAAUCUCGAACGAUCACGAGGAAAUGCUCAAAAAAGCUGCAGCUAAACUUGAUGAGCGCGUCAAUAAGCUUGGUGAUAAAUUGGAUCAAUUGGAAUUGAAGAUCACCGACUUGAAAUCAGUAGUCGGAAUGGCAAACACCUCAAUACCCACUAUCACCACCACCACCACUACAACUACUACCAACAACAACAGUAACAACAGUACACCACUGAUUACCUCCAUUCAAAGUCUCGACACUUCAAUCGAUAGUCCAAACAACGGAUCUACUUCAUCAACACCACCCAUCGGUGAAACACGUGAUCGUAAGAAAUCAGUAACAAAACGAACAGAAACCAAAGAGGAGCGUGACGAGCGAAGAGAAAAGAGACGUAGCAGACGUCGUGAGAGAGAAGAUCGUAAGAAAGAAAAGGAGGUCAACAGUAGCAAUAAUAACCCUACCCUUACACAGUCAUCAUCAUCGUGCAGUCUAGCCGAUGAAGCACAGGUUGAUCGUGAGGAUCUCAAGAAGAUCAUCAAAGCACAAUCGGUGGUUCGUGCUUUCUUGGCCCGUCGAUCGUACAAACGUCUAAAGAAUCGUCGUGACGUAGCACUAGAGAUCCUACACACCGAGAAGACCUACAUCAACAGUCUACAGAUUUUGGCACAUGAAUACCUGGUGCCACUGCGAAAGAUGUCCGAAGGAUUGAACGUCAACAUCGACAACAUAAAGACACUCUACAACAACAUUGAAGUUAUUCUAAACAUCAACAACUCGCUGUUGACGAGAAUACACGAGCGUGUCACUUCUAAACCAUGGCACUGCCACACUCUGUUUGGAGAUAUUUUCUUUAAGAUGUCGGAUCUUCUCAAAUGCUACAUUGCCUAUGUCAACCAUUACAAUCGAUCACUUAACACCGUCAAUGAAUUCACCAAGCAUUCGACACUCUACGAGUUUAUGAAUGCAACAUUCCAGCGUACCAAUCAGCAAUUGCGAGAUCUCAUUAUCAUACCAGUACAGAGAAUUCCACGUUACGUCCUACUUCUCGAGGAAAUGGUCAAAGUCACAGAACAAUCGCAUCCAGAUCGUACGCAACUCGUUCAAUCGUUGUCCAAGAUGCAAAACAUUGCUGACCACGUCAACGAGAAGCGUCGUGAGUUUGAGAAUGUAACACAUGUCUCAAUGCUUCAGGAUGCAAUCAUUGGUUUCGAUAUCAUGGCAUACCCAUCGCUGCGUUACACAAUGGAAGGUGACCUCCAAUACAAUCUUCCAUCGUCAGGUAGUGGAUUUGGAAAUACCAUCUCUAGCGUUGUAUCGAAUGCAGUGACAGGCAGCUCCUCCGAUCUCAAAGGUGCUGCAGUUGCCACCAUCCUUCACGUUUUCCUCUUCAAUCAGAUGCUCGUCAUUUGCAAAUACAAAAAAGGAAAGGAUAGUUAUUUCUCAAAACAUCUCUAUGGUACUGUAGAUAGAAAAUCAAAGCAACCAAAAUAUAAAUAUGUAUUUAACUUGAACUUGACAAGCGAAACAAAAUUAUCACAUAACAAAUCAGAAUGUUGGUUUGGUAUUGACAAUCAAACAGAUUAUAAAAAGUUUAUGGCUAAAACUGUAGCUGAAAAAGAUAUGUGGAUUCAACAUAUUCAAUCUUGUAUUACAAAAGCAACCGAAAAUAAGAAAUCAAAGGAUAAUAAGAGUUAA